CAUGCUCGCGCGAGCAAUCCAACAGUAGGCGCCGUCAGAGGCGGACGCGGAGGCACGGGACUCGCACGCCCCUGCUCUACCCUGCUCCCUCUUCGAAUCUGGUCGCCGAAGUGCUCGAGGAAGCGCUAGAGCUCGGCAUGCUCGCUGGCGAAGCCGGCCCCUUCUCUCCUCCUGAAUCCUGAUGCGAGGGAGGUCCCCCAUCGCCGAUGGAGGCGUACCAGAAAGUGCAGGAGUUCGACUUGUCCAGCGGCGCUGAUUGGAAGACGACCGCCAACGUCCUCUUCACGGUGCCCCCAAGCACAAGGAGUUCGGAUAAAUCUGCUUGCAAGGCUCUGGAUGAUAUAUCCAUUUUCAUCAAUUGCUCAAGGGUGUGGUCAGUUGGAGAAGACAUUACUAUGAUUUUUUUUCAGAGGAUGGCGAAGGAGGUGCAGGGAGCUGACGGCAUAUCCGCGGUGAGUGGUGAUGGAGGAACAGCCGCACACUUGAUGGCUUGGUGCAGGGCGGUGAGGGCGCCGACCAGGAAGGCGAUGCCAUUGCCGGGCGUCGAGGUCGUAGUCCCGGAAGCCGACGAUGCUUCCGUGCGGCGAGGGGAUAAGCCUGGGGAUCUGUUGCUUAUUUUAUGGGAUAUAUGUUAUGUUUUUCUUUGCAUGGCCUGCGUGGUGCGUGAUUGUAGGGGUUUUGGUCGAGCCCGCGUGGAGUCUAUGAUGCGGUGGGGCGGUGGAGCAUGGUCAGUCAACCUUAAUUGUUGGGUGCACACCAGAGACACAUGAGAUAAAGGCUAUCCGUUGGAUUGAGAUUAGUGGGUCUAAUCAUGGGGUUGUAAUGGGUCUGUGUAUGUUUUGUGGGGUGCGUUUAGUGAAGUUCUUGUUGGAUUGUUUAA